ACCAAAAGGGUCUUUUUGACGCAAUAAAAGAAAAUCUGAAUUUUCCAACCUGUCGUUGGAUUCUCCAUAUUUAUAGGCAGUGGCUCUUAAUGCCCUGGGAAAAUAAGAAUCAUUUUGAUCACUGAAACUAGGAUUUUUUUUUCACUAGAAGCUAAUAUUAUUAUUAGUUCUUUAAUUGUCUAACUAACUUGCAGAUCAUUAUUACAGUGUAUGUAAGAGGUUUCAACUUGGCUCAAAUGAUCCCAUUUUAAUAUUGAACAUAGUUAAUGGUACAUGUAACUUGUUAUCAAGCAUUUCUAACAAUGUUUUUUGUUUCCUAAGAGAAGCUGGCAAGUACAUGACUGGAGGCACAAAACGAUGUAUAUCGGUGUCAACUUUAGCUGAGGCAGAGUUUUAUGCCAGUGGAGGCUAUGAUGACAUCACUUAUGCUUAUCCACUUUCACCUGACAAGGUUCCACAGGCUUCCCAGCUUUUAGUAAGACUUGAGAAGUUUCAUGUGUUGGUAGAUAACUAUGUUAUUCUUGAUGCACUGACUGCCUCUCCUCCUAAAGGGAAAAAGUGGUCCAUUUUUCUCAAAGUUAACUGUGGUUACAACCGAGCUGGUGUGUGGUAUGAUGAUCUGCAAAGUGUGAACUUGGCCAAGGAAAUAGCUUCUAGGAGUUGUUUGACUUUUAAAGGUCUCUACAUACAUGAGGGAGAUUCAUACAAAUGUCGUGGUGAAGAUGAAAUCAAACAAAGUGCCUCUGAAACGUUCAAGAGGCUUAACAUAUUUUCAAGCAGACUUAAAGAAGCUGGUGUAAAAUUUUCUGUUGUGGCUAUUGGGGCAACUCCAAGUUGUUCAAAACCUCCAGAUGAUAUUCAAGAGAUUAAUGAGUUUCAUCCAGGGAAUUAUGUAUUUUAUGAUUAUGAACAGUUCCUUAUAGGGUCAUGCAAAAUGAAGGACAUUGCAGUAAGAGUCUUAACAAGGGUGAUUGGGCAAUAUCCUGAGAGAGGACAAAUUUUGAUUGACUGUGGUUGGACUGGAUUGUCACAUGACAGCCUUGGAAAACUGACAACAGGGUUUUGUUACUUUGAAGGACAUCCCAAUCUCAAGCUUCUUAAAAUGACUCAGGAAGUUGGUACAGUGGAAGCUGUUGAAGGGUCUCUAGAUGUAUCACUCUACCCAAUUGGCUCAUUUCUGAAGAUAAUGCCCUAUCACGUAAGUAGAGUAUUCUAACUGAGGAGAAAUAAUAUAGCGGAACUCCGACGGCCCAAAGGGCUGCCAAGUGGAGCCCCGUACUCAUAUAGGAAAGAAAAAGAUUUUCUCAUGGUCAUCAUGACUGGCGGCAUUGCUUGUGGGUGGGUACGCACAACAGAGGUGAUGGCGAUGACAGCGUUGCACAAGAUGGUGGUCAUACUCCAGCUUUUGACAGAGACAUGCAGCCUGUUAAAACAAGGUAUCCACUGUCCAGCAUUAUGUGACCAUAUUGCGGACUCAGGUUUAGAGUUCAUCGAGGUUACCUGUUUUCUUUAAGUUGACCGCUGACCAAGUGCUGGUUUUUGAUUGGAUCGCAGGCUCUCGUCAGGUUAACAUGUUGUAAACAGGGUCGGGCUGUUUGGAAGGCAGCUAAUGCUAACCCAGGAUUAAAAAAGUUAACCAAAGUAUAAAUUUUUAUAGUAUACAAAUGUUUUU